UAGUUGUAACUGCAAACUUUUUGGCAAAGACCCAGAAGACUGGCUGAGGCCGAGACCGUGGCUCAGCCGCUGGGCCUGCCCAGGGUCAGUACCCAUUUAUCCAGCCCCCGUCGCAGAGCGUUCAGGCUGACGGUGCCCUUUGGGACCACUGGGCUCGCAUCCUUCUCUCACACGUGAGGAAGCCAAGGCUCCGGGGCCAGGGAUGGUCAGCAGCUUUGCACCCUGGCGCCCGGACUGGAAGCUGAGCUCUGAGAUCCGGAUUCUGACCUGGAAACCCUGGAAAUGCCGCCCGCGCUCCUUUCCUGGACCACUGACUGCUGAAGCUCGAGAGGGGAUUCAGGCACUUUUGCAAAUGAACUGACCAGUAAACGGGAGGGCGUGGAAAGAAGACUUGAGGUUCACCCCCCGCAGGCAUCCGGACCCGUCCUACCAACAACCUCCUUUUUUUCCUUAACCCCGGUGAUAUGCUUAAUGGCAGUCACCCCGUAUCAGGUCCACCUGGCAACUCCAUUUGGGGUCUGAGCUGAAAUAACAUGAGUCCCUCACUCGCCUUAGCCGGAUCAGCUGUGCCUUCUCACUGGCAACCAGCUUUGCUAAAGGCCUGUCUACCCUGCCCUCUGCGCCUGACAACUUUCUGUGGUUUCUAACGAGCUUCCCUCCUUCCCUCCCCGCCCCUCUGGCCUUGCUACUGCCUGGGGAAUUCGCACAAACGGUGUGCGAUUUGCCCCUUUUGUGUUUUCCUUUCUGACUUGGAGGUAAAGAGAACCCCUCGCCCCCCACUGACUCUCUGUUUAUUCAACUGGGAGAGAUUUCACACCCAGAGACACAGCUCUCCCUCCCUGAGCCCCUUUUCCUAAAUCUUCAUUCCCCUCCCCUCCCCUACCUGUCAGGGAGCCCAUCCUUGCACGGCCCUGAAUAAUUUAUGAGUCCAGGCAGGCCUUAUAAAAGGGUCUCCCAGGAAAAGCCAAAAGAGUGCGGGAGAUUCUGAGAAAUAGGAGGACCCCACAGCCUUCCUGGCCGUGACACCCUAAGGAUGGACCCUGCUGCUUGCGCCCCAGCCCCGGCCCUGGCCCCGGCCUCAGCUCCAGCCCUAGCACGACGCCCCCUGGCGCUCCCUGGCCUGGGAAACCCAUCGCCCCUUCUCUCCUCUGGACAAGAGGUAGACAGAAGUGAACGAGGAGCUUGUCUUUGGAGACCCUGGCUGUCCUCUACAAAUGACCUCCCAAGGCAGGUGAGGAAACCUGUGGAUUUGGCUGCCGGUGGGGCAACAGGUGCCGAGGUCACCAAGGUUGACUCUGAGUUCCAUCACCCUGUCAGGCUCUUCUGGCCUAAAUCUCGUUCCUUUGACUACCUGUACAGUGAUGGGGAGAUUUUACUGCAGAACUUCCCUGUCCAGGCAACCAUCAACCUCUAUGAGGACUCAGCCAGCGAGGAGGAAGACGACGAGGAAGAGGAAGGCAAAGAGCAGGAGGAGGAGGAAGCAGAUGAAAAAGGGCCAAAAGGGUGUGUGAAGGCACCAGGGCCAGCAGUGCACAGGGCCUCAGCCCCUCCUCCCUCCCUGCUCCUGACCUGUCCCAACUGAGCCAGUCAGAGUCUAACUGGGGUUCGGUAUGCCUGGCAAGGCUUCAGGGCAUCGAUUAGCCAGGAAUCUCCAGGCACAGCUCCCUGGAAUGAAAGUUAGUUGGGUCCUCAAGUCGCCGGCUCACCCUGGCUGUACCCAACAGGCCUGCAAGCCCAGGCCUCUGGCAUCUCACUGGGCUGCUGUUGUGUUGCCAGUGAGAGGGUCCUAGGAAGUCUAGGGGAAGGAAGGCUUACUUUCUGAAGCCCCCAGGGAGCAGAUGAGGACAGAGCAUGGCCACACAGAGGGGAACUGUCACUCUUCAGGGCUUUUUGACUCCCCAGCCUUCUACGUGGCCACAUACUCCUGUCUCCCCAUGGAAAGCCUGACUUCUGGCUUGACCUCCACGGAUACGGCACCAACACCAGAUCCAAGCACAGCUGGGGUGCCUUUCUGAUGGAACUUGCAGGAAAGGAAGGGGACAUCUAAAAAAUCAGCUUGCUUUGGGGACCUCCCCCCUUUUGGCCCUUAUCUACUGGGGUCUAUGUGUUGGCAUGAGAUGAAUCAGGAGAAAAAUAAACUAGAUGA